UGCAGAACCCGGACGUGUGAUCAGCAGACAGCAGCUCUGACGGUUAAAGAUCAUAACAAUAAUAAAGAUGCAGCUUCACUUCACUAAAGAUGUUCUACCGGAUUCUGUCAGCACCGACUACCAGAACCUCAACAAGUUCAACGAGCAGCAAUUUCAUCGUCUGAUUGAGAUUCUGUUCCAGUUCCUGCUGGAGCCUAAAGAGACGGAGAGGUUCAUGCAGCAGCUCGGUGAGUUUGCCGGGGAACACGGGAUGAGUGCCGGUCCUCUGAGGAACCUGAUGAAGAGCGUCCUGCUGGUGCCACAAGGCGCCUUGAAGAAAAACCUGACAGCCGAGCAGAUCAAAGAAGACCUCGUGACUUUAGGACUAAACGAAGACAAGGCGGCUCACUUUUCACAGCAGUGGGGCGAGCACUACCCAGCGCUGUCCAGACUCGCUGUGGGACAGACGCUGACGGUCAACCAGCUGGUGGACAUGGAGUGGAAGUUUGGAGUGACUGUCGGCACCAGUGAAGUUCAGAAAGUGGGCAACAUCUUCCUGCAGUUGAAGCUCGUGGUCAGAAAGGGGAAUUCCACUGAAAACGUCUACAUGGAGUUGACGCUCCCACAGUUUUACAACUUCCUACAUGAGAUGGAGAGAGCCAAGGCCAGCAUGGAGUGUUUCAGCUGAGUGUGAGUGUGUGUGUGUGUGUGUGAAUGUAAGAGUGUUUGCGUGUGUAUGAGUGUGUGUGUGUGUGUGUGUGAAUGUCAGGCUGUAGCUGCAGGGCAGUGUGUGGUAUGUAUUACAUCAUGUUGUGUGGCAGUGACGCCUCCAUCCCCCUCCCAGUGACUGAAGCUAAACACAUUAUAUUUACUGCCAGACAUUUCUACACAAACAAACAUGAAUAAAAAAAUAAAUGUGUUCUUUCAACUUUG